GUUUGCUCCUCCCUGCUGUUGUUAGGCCAAUCUUGGAUUCCUUUGAAUCGGCCGAGCAAGUGCCACAACCACCACUCAGUGAAGUGGUUGCUGGGGUUACUGGGAAGAAGCAGCGAGACUGAACCCUGUUGGCUUGCUUCAUCAGGUUUCAUUGCUUUUGCUUCCAAUCUCUUCUUCUGUGCAUCUUUUGCUCAUAUGGCUCUGAAUAACAUGAAUUUUCUGAAAAAAAAAAA